AUGCUUGUCGAAGAGAGGAGUCGUCGUGCAUUCCAAGCUGUGAUGGAGCAGGUGCGCACAAGUGGACCGGCUGUUGUUUAUCCAUCGCAGGUCUGGGCUGGAGCAUGCUGGGCCUCAUGCGUUGCGGGCCUCGGGGGGAGGAGGAGUGUUCUACCGAACCCCUCCUCAAAAAGGAAGGUUGAUGUUAAGUCUUCAAGAAAUGGAGCUGCGGAUUCGCAAGCGAAGGAUGUUAAGCAUCUCGCUAGUACAGAUAGCAGAAAGGUUGGUGGUAUGCGCAGUGCUCGAGAUGUUCUACUCAAGUCUCCUGCUAACAAACUUGAAGACCAUGAUCUGCUCUGUGAAAUAUCGAAGGAUGGAGAUCGAACUGGGAGGUCUGCUCACGAUCUAGCUGCUGAAUCAGGGGCAGUCAAGUGUGGAGUUGAUUCAGCGUUAUUGACUCAUUUGGAGGUGAGGUUGGAGAGGCUAAGAAGACAAGAGAGUCAUCUGCUAACGGCUAACCCUGAGGUGGACAAGUUCAAUCCUGUCGGAGAUGCGGGCAUGUCUGAUCUACUCAAGACGAACUUUCUGUCAAGCCAAUCCACUUCUGUUGAGCUGGUUGAUCAAAUCCAUCAGGUUGGCGAUCUUUGUACUUUCUCUAGUCUUUCCUUGGAAAAACAAAGGGAAGCAACAUUUCAUCUAUUUCAAAAAGGAGUAGCUUUUGCUAUUGAAACUAUCCGAAAUUCGUCUGUUGUUGCCCCUUCUUCUGCUGCUGACUUGGUUAGUAGAAAAGAUGCAUACUUUCGUCUUGAGCGCAAGAAUGCUAACAUCUCUCUUAGCUAUGACAAGCUUCUAGCUAGAUUUCGCGCGUAUCGAAAGUCUGCUAAGGAAUCCAAGUUCGAAGCUACCAUGCAUGCAUACAAGCUAGGCUACAUGCACUAUGCGGAUAGGACUACUCCCUUUUAUGCAAUUGUCGAUGUAGACAUUGAGACGCUCUACCCAACUUAUUCCCUGUGCAAGGAGCAACUGAAGAGCAAGCAGCUGGAGAGGAUGGAGCAGGGGAGGACGCGGUAG